UAUGUUUAACUUUAUAAGAAACUGAUAACUGUUUUUCCAAAGUGGUGGUACCAUUUUGCAUUUUCACCAGCAAUUUUUGAGAGUUCUGGUUGUUCUGCAUCCUAGUCAACUUUUGGAAAUGUCAGAGUUUUUUGGAUUUUUAAAUUUUUAAUUAAUUAAUUAAUUUUUUGGUACUGGGAAUUGAACACGGGGGCACUUAACCACUGAGCUACAUCCCCACCCCUUUUUAUUUUUUAAAAUUUGAGAUAGGAUCUCACUAAAUUUCUUAGUGCCCCACUAAGUUGCUGAGAUUAGCUUUGAACUUGUGAUCCUCCUGUCUCAGCCUCUCAAGCUGCUGGGAUUACAGGAGUGCACCACCACACCCAGCUUGGAUUUUUUUUAAAAAAAAGCCUUUAUAAUAUAUGUGAAGUUUUUGUUAGUUUCAAGUGAAAAUUAUGCAAAAUGAAAUCACCAGAAUGACAAUUUAAAUAUGAAACAAGCAUUUACUAUAUAUCUACCAUGUGCUAAGCUCUUUUGUAGUAAUGGGAAUAUAGAAAUAAGAUAUACCUCUGCUGCCAUGGGACUUACAGUUUGUUGAAGGUGACAGGCACGUAAAGAAGUAAAUAUGAUAUACUAAGUUAGUGCUGUUACCUGGAGUCAUGUUAUAUGGGGUGGAAGAAGUGUUUAACUGGAUGUGUUUAGCUGGAUGUGGUCCAUGUUGUAGAAGGAUUUUGAUGUUUAUGAUCAGUAAAAAGAUAAGAAUAUGAGGAGCCACAUGUACUUUCGCAUCAUGUUUAAGGCUAGGUUUUGGUAGCAAAGGUCAAGCUCCCUUUACAUUAUUAUAUCUAUAAAUGCCUACUAAGCUACUUGUGAUAAUAUCCUGCUGGCUAACUACACAAUGACUUGAAGUGACAUCAGCUAAUUACUUUCAGAAGUCACACUUGCACAGUAACCAGGGGAAGGGAAAACUUUAAGUUGUAGUCACUGCUUUCUUUUUACCUUUAUGUAUCUUUCUGUAUCUGCUCAUCUCUGUCUUUUACCUAGCACACUGCCAAACCCUAUAAUCAUUCUUUUUAAAAAAAGUGCUUAUGUACUACUCAACUAUGCACUAUUUACCAGAGUCAGUAGCAGCUGCAUCAGACAUUUGCAAUUUUUAUACAGUUGACCCCUCUAGAAUUUUCCCUGAGGGAUUUGGCCUCAGUAUGUAGGGUCACUUCAGGUGAAUAAGGGAUUCCAAGAGCUGUGUUUCCCUGUAUCUGAUAUACUGAGUCUCUUAUCUGAUCUGCCUGACCAAAACCAAUGUGAAGAGCUGUGAAAGAAGAUUAGGACUGUGGGGAACAGGAAGAGACAAGACAGAAAUGUGCUUCCAGUUGAGUCAUGCUCACCUAAUUUUUGAGCAUCCUUCAGAGCAAGUGAAACUAUUCUCAGUUUUUUUUUAAUCUUUCCAGAAUCUUAGUUAGCUUGGUUUGCUAUUACACUGCAAGGAAAAGUGUAAUCUGAUAAAGAAAGGUUAGGUAAUAUGAAUUAGUCAUCCUCAAGCAGAAAAAGAUGGGACCAGGGUGUGAUGAUGCAUGCCUAUAGUCCCAGCAUAUCAGGGGGCUAAGGCAGAAGGAGUGCAAAUGCUGAUGCUGUAGUUUAGUGGUAAAGUACCUGUGAGUUCAAUCCUUAGUACUGCCAGGAAAAAUAAAUGAAGGAAGGAAGGAAGGAAGGAGGAAAGGAAAGGAAAGGAAGAAAGGAAAAAAGGAAGAGAAAGAAAGAAACAUUGGGACAUGCCUAAUCUUAUUCCAAGCUGUAUUAAGGGUUUGUGAGUAUUUUUAUUGCAUUGAAGACAAUGUUUAACAAUUUUAAGGAAUAUUAACAUUCACAGCAAAUUUAGUUUAUUCUCUCCACUCCCAACAGAAAAGGGAAAAGUUUCAAUUUCAUAAGGACUUUAGGUUAGAUGUAAGGAGCACUUGCUUGCCCUUGUGUAACUGAAGGAGAGUAUAGAUUCACCUUUUCCAGAGGCCUGUACUUUAUUAGUAGUCUCACUGGGGAUAGUUAAAACCCUCAUUCCUUUUUAUUUUUUGCCCUUAUUUUUUUUAAUUUUUUUUUAUUAUUUUGAGAUAGAGUCUAAGUUGCUGAGGCUGGCCUCAAACUUGUGAUCUUCCUGCCUCAGACUCCUGAGUGCCACCAUGCCUGGCUACAAUAUACCAUUGAUUGAGGACUUGAUACUUGAGAAGAAAAUCUACAUUUGAGAAGCUUUUUUCCCUUCCUCUCAGGACCGGAGUAGGCCUUAUGACACUUUUAACUUGCACUCCUUGGAGAACUCCUUAAUGGAUAUGAUAAGGACUGAUCAUGAGCCUCUGAAAGGUAAACACUACCCUCCCAGUGGCCCACCAAUGAGUUUCGCUGAUAUAAUGUGGAGGAAUCAUUUUGCAGGUCGCAUGGGAAUAAAUUUCCACCAUCCGGGAACAGAUAAUAUUAUGGCACUUAACACCAGGAGCUAUGGGCGGAGACGAGGUCGAUCUUCUCUCUUUCCCUUUGAAGACGCCUUUUUGGAUGACAGCCAUGGUGAUCAGGCCUUGUCAUCUGGCUUAAGUUCUCCUACUCGAUGUCAAAAUGGGGAACGAGUGGAACGCUACUCCAGAAAGGUGUUUGUUGGAGGCCUUCCCCCUGAUAUUGAUGAAGAUGAGAUCACUGCCAGUUUUCGCAGGUUUGGACCUCUCGUGGUAGACUGGCCUCACAAAGCAGAAAGCAAGUCAUAUUUUCCUCCUAAAGGCUAUGCGUUUCUGCUCUUCCAGGAGGAGAGCUCAGUACAAGCCUUGAUAGAUGCCUGCCUAGAAGAAGAUGGGAAACUGUACCUGUGUGUGUCAAGUCCCACCAUCAAGGACAAACCUGUGCAAAUUCGACCAUGGAACCUAAGUGACAGUGACUUUGUAAUGGAUGGUUCUCAGCCUUUGGACCCCAGAAAAACUAUCUUUGUUGGGGGAGUUCCACGACCCCUUCGAGCUGUUGAGUUGGCAAUGAUCAUGGACCGUUUGUACGGUGGUGUCUGCUAUGCUGGCAUUGAUACAGACCCAGAGCUGAAGUACCCCAAAGGUGCUGGCCGUGUGGCGUUCUCCAAUCAGCAGAGUUACAUCGCAGCCAUCAGUGCACGUUUUGUGCAGCUUCAACACAAUGACAUUGACAAACGGGUGGAAGUGAAGCCAUAUGUGCUGGAUGAUCAGAUGUGUGAUGAGUGCCAGGGCACACGCUGUGGUGGGAAGUUUGCCCCGUUCUUCUGUGCCAAUGUCACCUGUCUGCAGUAUUACUGCGAAUACUGCUGGGCGAGCAUACAUUCCCGUGCUGGGCGGGAGUUCCACAAACCGCUGGUGAAGGAGGGAGGCGACCGCCCUCGUCACGUCCCCUUCCGCUGGAGCUGAGCCCAGGGCCGACCCAGCCACAAGUACUGGAGUAGAUAACAAGGAGGGAAAAGAGAGGGCACUGCCUCAGGGCUUACAGCGUUCUGGAAAUCUGUGCAUUCGUUCUCGAUUUUUAAAGAAGAAAUGGGUCUUUUUAUUACUAUUAUUAUUAUUUACAGUCAUAUUACUGAACUCAGUGUCCAGUAUAAUGCAAAACUGCAGAGUGUAUAACGGUACUGAUUUGCACUUUGAUUCACACCUUUGUCUGCUUGGUACCUUAAUUUCUUACACCUGAUUUGUCACUCGUGACUGUACGUAGACUGCCAUUCUCAUCAGCCGCCAUCAGGUUGACGUCUGUGAUUCUUUUGUUUGUUGUUGUUUUGAUUGUUUUGAAACUGGAGCAUGCACUUAUUUUCAGAAACUUAGAGAGUUGCCCCUAGGACAAGACUUACCAAAGGUAAUACUCGUGAGUAGGUGGCAGAUGUAGCAAAACCUUCACAAUUCAGCAAUCAUUAGUUGGGGUCAUUUAGAAUAAGGAUAACCCUAAUGAAAAUAAGCCUUUAGUUGCUCUGUAUUUUGACUUGUAAGAAUACCUCAUAAGCUGGAUCUUUAUUUUCCCUUCAUGUUUGAUUUUUGUUUUGCUGAGGAUUUUGGUUAGAUCUUUUAGUGUUAUGUAAAUUUAUGCUGCAAUAGCUUUUGCUGCUAUUAAAAUGGUAUUAUUAAUACCAUAAUACUCUAUUCAGGCUAAGGUAUCAAUUAAAACAAAAACAAAAACCCAACAACACACUCUUAUGAUUUAGGGAUAGAGAGUCAGCUGCCGAAAGAAGAUCAGAAUAGACUUCAGAAAGCGUCAAUGGAAGGUCACUACUUCUGACUGCAUGUUUACUUAAUCAGGUUGCUGCAUGCAAUAAAUUUUAUAUCCAAUGUCUAGUAUAAAAACCUUCCCACAAUGCACAAAUUAAGAAUCUAUAUAAGCUAUAAAAUACUCAUUUUUUAAAACAAGAUUUUUUUCAUUCAAAGAAUUGGUAAUCGAUCGGAGGAAGGCAUGCCUCAAUAAAUGGAAUGCUUCUGAAUAGGAGGAGCCCAUAACAGAAUGACCUAUAUUACAACCAAUAUAAAACCUAGGUGUAGGAUAUUCUUAAAGCAAAUUUGUGGAUGGUAGAUGAAGUACUUUGCGGUGCUCUGUUAUAUAUUGUGCAAUUUAUUUUAUAUAGUAAAGUGAUUAUGUCUAACUGUGAUCAAACUUAACUGUUUAAAGCCUCUGUGUCAGACAUUAACGAACUUGACAGUUCAUAACUGGUAUAUUAUUAAGUAACACAUGAGCUCUUAGUUACAAUCUCCUAGUGCUUGCACCAUUUUACAUAGCUUCAGACCUUGUCCAGAAAACCAAAGAGCUCAUCUUAGCUUACAAACACUAAGAAUAUAUACAGUAUCUAGAGAUAAGUUGUCAGAUUGACAAACUAGGCACAUCUUUAAGAGAGUUGUGUGAUGGUGAUGCUAAAGAAAUGUCUGUAUAAAAUAAGAUGGCCUGGGCAGAGUUGGUUGUCUGGGUGAGAAAUUAACUACUUAAUUCCCUGGAUUUAUCCUGUAAAGCUUGAAUAGAAUUAAGACCUGCUAGUACUACCGUGGACAUUUUUUUAGCAUUCACUCUUGGGCUGCAGAUAGUAAUAAUAUAUAAACACAAACAAUGAUCGCGAGACUAUGUAAAUCUUUUUUUUAAAUCUUCUUCCUGUUUUGGAAUUCUGGGGACAAUCUGACUGGAUGUGACACUGCAGAAUAGACUUAAGUCGCUGUUUUAUGUGCUGUGAUGUCCUUGUAUUGUCUUGAAUUAGUAUUGCUUGUUUUUGUUUUUUUUCUCCAGUGUUUAGUUGCAAUUACUGGCUCUCAAGCUAUAGUUUGUUUUCAAAAAGGAAAAACAAAAUAGUUUUUUACUGGAUUAAAAAUGCUUAUUAGAAUCCUCCCCAAUUGAGGUGACCUGGGCUUUUUGGUAAUAAUUGCUUUUUUCCAGCCCAGGUGUGGUUUUGUUUGUUCGUUUGUUUCUUUCUAUGUUUGUGGUUUGGUUUGGUUUUUCAUCUGUACAAGAAAUUUUGUUAUGCACUACUACUUUUUGUAUUCUAGACAGUUUUCAAAAGUUGGCUGAAGAUUUUUUUGUUUGUUUGUUUUUAAGGAAAAAGGCAUGCUUUCUGACUGACAUGAUCUUUUGCAAUACCUCAAUUUUGAAAUAUAGGAAAGAAAAUGAUAUUUUCUAAGUAAGUUUAUUCAGAAAAAUAUAUAUUAAUUUAAUUCUGCAAGAAAAUGAUUUAACAGAUGGGUAACUUUAUUUUUUUCAUGCUUAUUUGUGUUUUUUGAAAAUGAAGAAGUUAGAGCUUUAUAACUAUAAUAUUAAAGAUCAUAUCUAACCUACAGAAAUCUACCUAAUUAUGUGAAAGAAGCAAAACUUUUUGAAGAAGCACCCCUCUUUCAUGUACUAAAAUAACACUGAGAUUAAAAAAACACAAAGCUGGAGGAUUGUACAGCAUAAAGCUAAAGUGAAGGAAAAAAACACGUUGUUAUAAAGACUAGGUUACAAAAAUAAACUCCAUUUGGUGCUGAAAGUUGUGAAUAGAUGGUGGAAACUACUUUCCCUUAAUUUGUAUAUUUAUAAUCAAGCGUUGAUUGUGCACGACUGACCAGGAUUGUGAAAGAGUUCUUCUGUUUGUAUUUUUUUAAAGAGAACUUUUUUAGUUUAUUAACAUGUUCCCUUUUGUUUUGUAAAUAAAUGUGCCCCCAAGUUCUUAAUGUUAUAUUAAAAGAGAGGGUCCUUCAAAAAAAUUAUUUUUUAAAACACAGAGGUGUUCUGACCUGCAACUUGACUGGGAAGCCCCUGGGUAACACAGGUCCUGUUGUGGCCUUUCCUUGAUGUGACACUUGAACUAGUCGAUUUUUUGAAGGCUAUAACCUAACCUCGACUAUUUGUUGUUAUGUGCAAUACUGUUUGUACUGUUUGUAUAAAAAAUAGAAAAAAAAAGAAAAGAAAAAAGGCAUAAAUCUUUAUUGCAGAUUUAUUUUCAUUGCAAACUUUAGACAUUGUGAUUCACUGAAAUCAUUUUUCUACUGUCAAAUAUGUACCUUUUCUUCAUGCUGGUAUUUUUUCAAUAGUAAUGUAGCCUUUGUACUGAGACAAAUUUUCAUUGUUAUUUUUAGAAAGAUUUUUUGCUAAGAAAAAAAUUAAACAUAUUUACAUAUUUUUCAUUUUAUUUCGUAUUUUCUUUAAGGAGUGCUUUCUCAAUCAUUAAUAGAGUUGUUUCUGGGAGGGACUUUCAUAUCUGGUCAAUGUCAUAAUAUUAUUUUGUAUUUUUACUUGGAAUAAAUUAAUUUUAUGAUGCUAAUUCUUUAAAAGUUUAUUUUUUUCAUUUUCAGUUAUUUUUGAAGCUAAAACCUUUGUAAUAUUGUUACUAAAGUGUCUAGUUUUUUGAAAUGCAAAGCUUUAUGUAUUAACUUGCUGAUGUGGUUUACAAUAGUGUGACAACGAUGAAAAUGGUUGGUUAUGUAAAGUGAUUGGAAAAUGUAAUGGAUAAUUGGGUAAUAAAAUGACAGAAUGAGCAGAACAUGUGAAAUUUUGACAAGCCUUUUCCUUUAUUAAAGUGAUUUAGUGUAAGACUAGGGAUGUCACAGUACAGGUCUCUAGGGAUGUCACAGUGGAUUUAUACAACACCAGGUGCAGCCAAAUCUGUGGCCCUGAAAUGAAGUCACCCCUUACUGAAAUCCCACUGGGUGUAAAACCUAGCUAGGUCAACAGAAUGUUUCAUUGCUUUCUCCCUCUAACUCUUCACUGUGUCCUGAGUGUGUGUAUGUGUGUGUGAGUGAGAUUCUGCCACCAGUUGCUGUCCGUGUGUGAGACGGUUCCUUUCUGUCCGGAAUCCUUUACAUACAUCUACAGUGAUGACGUCUAUGAGUCAGGGGGGGUUGUUAAGGCAAUGCCACCUUCUGUGUAGCACAGGCCUGGCCCGUGCUGUCUCUUCCCUCCACACACGGUGGCUGGAAGCACACUCAGUCGUCACCACUGUACGUGGACGUUGUGCGUGUCAGUCCGCAUCUUCCUUCACACCCCUGCCUGCUCCUGUUAUGGUGCCCCUUUGCCCUUUAUUGUGGCCACACACCGGGUCACCCCGUGCAUGAUCUGUCUGCCCUCCUGCUGCUGCUUUUCCAACACCCACCUCACCGGGAAGCUGUGCUGUUAAGACAGCACGUCGUUGCAAUGGCACCUAAAGUUAAAGCAAAACUAAAAGCAAAACAAAAAAAUACAACUGCAAAACUGGUGUUGCGUAAACGGAACAUCCAAUGACUUGCUCUAGAUGGAUGGUGUGUUUCUACUAGUCGUUGGUGGCCUCUUCCAGCUCCGUGGCCACGGAGUGGAGGUUAAUCAAUAACUCGGAGAAACGUGUGUCCAGAGUCGGCUCUUGGGUACGCUCUGUGUAUUCAGUUUUGUAAAUAAUAUAUAGAUUAGAUCAAGUUGUGAUGUAAAAUUUUAACUCAAAUUGGGUACUACUGGUUGGAAUUUUACAUUAACUACAAAUAAACGAUUAGGAACAGAAGAAAAGAAAUUGGAAAACUUCUUGUUUAGUGGUAUAAAGAUUAUGCUUAGAUUUCUGCCUAUAUCUUGUGUUUUAUAGCUUGUUAGUGAGGCAUGGGCUAAUGCAGAAUGUACUGCAUUUAUGCAAUUAGCAAAUAUCUGCUAGUUUUCAUUUUAUCUAUUAUAUUAGCAACAAAAUGGUAUUUAACUGGGUAAAGCUCCUACCUAAAUAUUUGAGUAUUGUGACAUCUCUACUUGCAAGGUUUGAAUGAAAGAUUAGUCACAGAUUAGUGAAAAAAGUAUCUUUUGUUACAACUGGAGUAUUUGUAUGGAUUGUUGCUUUUUCACUAAUUUGUAUGGUAUGACAGCUAAUAUUUCUUUUUUUCUUUUUUCUUUUAUUAUAACCAAACUUCUCUAUCUCAGCUGCAAUAGUGUUCCAUCUUACCACAGAGUAUUUUAUAAUUAAUGCUGUUGACUUUACUCUAUACCCCAAAAUGGGUCAAGAAUGGAUCUGUGAUUCAGGGAUGUUUAAAUUUGUAUGAUGAAGUUAAUUGCAACAAGUAGAAAACUUGGGUGCUAAAAACAGGAUAACUUCUCUUUUUCUUUCCUGGAUAUAGUUCUGUUGGGGUAUAAAGUAUUAGGUAUUUGUAUUUUUGCUGUCAAAAUAAUGGACAUAACUUUUAGAGUGUUCACAGCUAAGAUCUCUGUAUUUGUUUUUCAACUAACUAAUUUUAAAUGUAUUGUAUCUUUUAUUACCUGUUCUCUUAGAUUGUUUUUUGCUAGUAACCCUUACUCAGCUUCUGCCUUUGGGGCUUGGACUAAUAUUGCUUGUAUGGAACUACAGUACUGUGACUAAACAUGGAGCUCAAUGCAGCUAUUGCUUACAACUGCUUAAACUUUGUAGUUUGGACUUCUUUUUUUUCUGUAAUAACAACUUAUUAAAUCUAGUUGUAUGAAGUA